AUGACUGACGAGGAGGAGCACUGCCAGAGCCCUGCAAAAUGCCCUCCAGCAUGCCACAAAUGUGCAUACCUGGCCGCAGUGCUCGAGUACCUGACUGCUGAGAUCCUGGAAUUGGCCGGAAACGCUGCUCGUGACAACAAGAAGACUCGUAUCAUCCCCCGUCACCUGCAACUGGCCGUCCGUAACGACGAGGAGCUGAACAAACUGCUUGGUGGCGUGACCAUCGCUCAGGGUGGUGUGCUGCCCGACAUCCAGGCAGUGCUGCUCCCCAAGAAUACUGAGAAGGCCGUCAAAGCCAAGUAAAAUCGCUA